UUGUUUAGGAUUCAAGUUUAUCUAACAGACAUGAAGAUGGUAGCUGCACUACUAAAACGUUGAAAUGGCUGCAAAAGAAUAUGAGGUUCUGUACACCCACCAGAAGACCAAGAAGGCCAAGGUGUGGCAGGAUGGAGUUUUGAGAGUGCUGGCAGAAGGAACAAAAUGUGUUUUGCUUGAUGAAAAGAACUCUCGCCUGGACACUGUAUUUGUGAGGUCAUGUGACGUGAAACCUGGUGAACAGUUCGAGAGUGACCGCUACCUCAUCCUUGUGGAGCAGGAGAAGACCACUCCCCAGUUACCACGGCAACCAGUCCAGUCACAUACAUCAUUGGUCCAAGAAUGUUUGAAUCCACCCAUAUCUACGGGUCGCCAGAAUGCGGUUCACCGACCGUCAUCGGGGAAAUGUGUUGUUGCUGGUCUGAAAAGGAAGAGAAGUGGUUUUAUUCCACCAAGGGUAGUCAAACCUGCUGUAGAUGACACUGUCAUUGACCAAAACACAAACUCUCAGACAUGUAGCUCUUCUGUAAGGCCGACAGCUGACUUACAACCACAGCAGUUCAGUUGUGAGGACAUCCUGACAAUAUACUCCAAACACCACACCUCUCCCCAACAUGGCGGGCAUAGUGGAGACCGCGACAAUUCUGGCAUAUCUCCUCACUUGACAGGGUUCAUGGCUCAGCUGAGGAAACAACACGUGGCAAGGACGAGUCCAAGUCCGAGUCCACAGCAGUCACCAUGGAGAAUGUUUGGGUCACCAUCGGCCAUUUCUCCGUCUUACAGCCCUCUUUCUACAAACUCACUGCCCAGUUCUCAGGAAAAUUUGGAACAUGAAAACGUAGAAAAAAAUGUCCCUUCUGGGUUUAAAUAUUCUGCUAAAACAUUUGGAGAGAAGUCAAUGAAACAAUUUGAAUACGUUCCAUCCAUGUGUGGAGCAAACAGUGAUUUGCAGACAUGUUCAUCUAACAUGGACAGUCAUCAAGAAAGCGGUGUGAAUAAACACACAAUGGCUACACAGUGUCAUGGAACACAAGUUCCGUCUGAAACAAAACGAACAGCUUCUCAAAUCUUAGCUUUAUUGAAGAGUGGGGAUGAUGAUCAUAAGACAUCAGUUGUUCCUGGAAAGUAUUGCUCUGUUGGUGUCGAUAGGAAUUCCAGUGCUCAGCUGUUCUCUUUAGCUAGAGCUCAGUCUGGUCUCAGUUCAUCAAAGCAGCAACAGCCACUAGACAUGGUUGGGCCUGAAACAUUGUCUAUAAUCCAAGUGCAGACUAGUUCAUCAAACAAGCAAUUGUCAUCAGUUAAGGCUGGAACUUCAUGUAAUGUUAAUAACAAUUCCUUAUCAGAGACAUUGUCUAUAAACCAAGCCCAGACUGAUAAUAUUUUCCAUCUUUCAAAGAAACAAGACCCAUCUUUUUUGCCUGAGUCUUCAUGUAGUGUUAUGAAUAAUCCCAGUUCUCAACAAUCCUCUACAGACCAAGCUCAGACUAGUGAUGGUAUUUGCCUGGCAGGGCCACAAGUACCAAACAGUUGGAAUAAAUCUCUAUUUAAUAGUCUUUCAUCAGAUUUAUCUCAACGUAAUGAAACAUCCACUUCUAUUUCUCCCGGCAGCAACUGUUGUGAAGUUAAAUCUGCAGCUAUAGAACAUUCUACAAAUAUCAGGACAUUAGAUAAGAGGGAGAAUGAUUAUGAAUGUGAAACAGAUGUUUUAAAAUCAGAAGAGAGAGAUGCUGAGAUGUACAAGGACUAUGUGGACUCUGAAAUGUUUGAUGAAAAGAUGUCACUAAGUCCACAAUCCAUGCCUCGCUGUGAGGACAAUCUGCACACAUUAGAUGAGACUGAUGUACUGAAGGAGGAUGCUCAGACAUCCAGUGAUUGUUCUGAGUUUAGACUGCUGCCUACAGAAGCAUCUAAGAGUGACAAAGUGUUAUUAGAGAGAGGUGUACUGAACAAAGAAGUAAAGAAAAAUAUGCAUAGACUAGAGGAGAGAGAUGAACUGAAAGAAGAAGCUAGGAAAUAUGGUGAUUGCUGCGAGUCUAAAUUAUGUGAAGAAGAAUCUAAUUGUAACUGUUUGUCACCAGAACCUUUUCGAACGACGGUGUUGGAAAAUAGCUUGCAAAUUGAUUCCUCUUUGCUGAUAUCUUCUACACUAAGUGAUGUUCCACAGGGUAACUUAGAUCCUCAGAAUGCCAUUUUGAAAGGGAAUGUGACUUGUUCUCAGAAUGAAAUACAACUGAAAAACACUGAUUCUCAGAAUUAUGUUAAACAUAAUGAUGUUGUUCAAGAGGACUCCAUAGUUCCACAAGGGAACUCCGAGGUUCCUUGGUGUGAUUCAGCAAAUGAUGCAUUCUUUGAAGUAACAUUUUCCCCAUUAUCUAACUUGUCUGGAUGUGAUGGGUGUGAAGAUGUACAAGAAGAAACAAACCAGUUUUCACAAACUUCUCUCUUUUCUGAUGAUUCUUUUCCUGUACCCAAACCACCAAUCACAGAUGAUCCUGUAAUAGCCAUGCCUGAACAAUAUUUACACCCAGCAGCCAGUAAUGGUUUUGGCAGAAUUGAAAACAAUGGCAAAAGUGGAUUGGAUUUGUCUGAGUGUAUCAUUGAUGCAAACUUGUCUUCAUCUAAUAAUUGUGAAUAUACAAGACAACAAACUAGCAAUACCACAAGUAUUUCAGUGCUGUGUGAAGAACCUGCAGUUUUAUCUGGUGCUGAUGAUAAUGUAGACUGUUCUGGCAGUGAUAAGAAUGUAUGUGUUUCCAAAGAACAAGGAUGUGCAUCUAACAAAGAUUGUCCAACUGACAAAUAUUCUUCAACUUGUAGUAACAAUGCUCACAUAGCUCCUGUAGGUGUGCUGAAAGCAAGUAAUCUCUUUUCUCAGGAAGAUAAUAUCACUGUGUCUAAGGGUCAACAAAAUGCUGGGUUGUCAUGCCAGGGAGAUUGUAAAUCUAAAACUCUGCUCAAAGAAAAGGAUCCACUUUUUCAAGAAGACAAAAAUUUUGUGCCUGAGAAGAAACAAAAUACUGGAAUCUCAUGCAAGAAAGAAUGUAAUCCUGACACUUUGAGUAUUGAAAGUGAACUCUUUUCCCAGGAAGAUAAAAAUGUCAUGUUGAAGGAACAAAAUAUUAGUAGAAUGUCAUGUGAGGAAGAAUGUAGUGCCCAAACUCUGCUGGUAGAAAAUGAUGCCUUUCCUCAAACAGAUAACAAUGCUGUGCCUGAGGAAAAGGGAAAUGCUGGAACUUCAUUUCAGGAAGAUUGUAAUUCUGACAAAUUUCUGAUAGAAAGUGAUCCAUUUUCUCAGGAAGAUUGUAAUUCUGACAAAUUUCUCAUAGAAAGUGAUCCAUUUUCUCAGGAAGAUGAACUUACCAUGCCUGAGGAAGAAGAAAAUGUGACCUCAUAUGUUGAGAGAUGCUCAAAACCUGACACAUUGAAACACACUGGUCCUGUACAAACUCUUGGUGAUCUUGAGUUCAGUCCAGAAAGUGAUGUAUGUCUGUCUAGAUCACAGAUGUCUCAAGAAAACCUCCCAGAGUCUUUGUUACAGACAUCCUCUUGGCAUCAUUAUAAUGAUAGACUGGUGUUCUUGUCUGGUAGAACUCUGAGAACAGCAUCUGAGGACCAGCUGAAUUUAGCAGGGGUUAGUGAAAGUUUUCAAGACAGAAGUCGGAGUUGGAUGUUCAGAAAUAUGUCCGACAGGAAGAUGGUUGUUGAGGAAAGUGAAGAACCAUUGAUGGCUGCUGGAUUCAGUGAUGAGAAACAUGCUCUGCCGUUUCCAUCGCUGCUGACUUCUGUACCUCAUCCUUCCGAGCUGUUUGUGGAAGACAGGAAGACACAUCACAAUACUGUACAGCAGACAGUCGGUGGGGUCUGCAGUAAACUGGCCGAGUAUAAAAUGAAGGGAAGUAAAUCUGGACAUGCCACCCGUGUUCCCCACAAUACAACAUUUGUUCAGGCACGAAGACAAAGAAAGCCUGAUAAUAAUCAUUGGUCUCUCGAACUAGAUACAACCAGCCGACAACAAGUGGAAAUCAGUCAGCUUCCUUUGUCUACAUUAUUGAACACUAACCAUCAGGAAAGAUCUCUGGAUGAUAUGUCUUUGACAUCACCUAUAAUCACAAACAUUGGGAAACAGUGUCUUGGAGAUAUUCCUUUGACUUCACCUAUAAUCACAGAUAUAGGCUCACAGUGUUUUGAAAAUGGCCCUUUGAGUUCAGUUGCAGGUGUGAAUAAAAACAUUAGAGGUUCUUCUAGUUUACUGUCCACAAACCUUUUGCCUUCAUUAGCAGACGAAUCUAAUGUUGACAGUCUGACUAACAUGUUACACAUAAAUCAUCAGGAUGAGCGUUCUUUGCCUGCAAGGUCCAAGUCAAGAAUGGAAGCUGUUGAUGACCUGGGCAGAUUGUUAAUAGUGAACAGCCAGUCAACUUGUUCCAAUACAUCAGAGAUCUUGCAGGUUCCAGAUAUUGGAGCUCAUGUCAUGACAGAUUCCUGGACUCGGGGGACACGACUUGAUAGUCCAGAUAAUUUCCACAAUGAAGACAGUUUUUAUGUGGACUGGAAUGAAGGGAAGCCAAAGUUUGUUGAUGACUUCGUCUGUGUUGGUCAGAAACAGAAUGUUUGUCAUGUGCCUCAUGUAGACAGGAUUAUGUCCCUUGUCAGAAAUCAGAGUCCGUCCAUCUGUCAACAAGUGCCCAGUGUUUCAGAUUGUAGUGAUUCACCAGAGGUAUUGCAGUCAAAAGAUGGGACUUGUCCUGAAGGUACAAGGACUAGAUCUCAGUGGCCUAGGAAACCCCUGAAAACUAAGCCAUUUGAUGAUGAUGUCACUCACACAACCUUCAUCACUUACCACUCGACAUCAUCCCAGGACGAGCAACAACCAGACCCAGGUGAUAAUGCAGCGUUUUUGCAUAUCGACAAAGAAGAUCAAAAACAAACGCACAAUUUUGAAGAUGAGAACACUUCUGAUAAUGAACUUGUGGAGUUUGAGAAAGAAAUUAAUAUCAUGGCAGCAAUAAAUUCAGAAAAUAAGCAGAUCAUUACUCGUACAUUUGAAGAUCAUGCUACUAAGGCUCAUGUUUUGGAAAGAAACCAUCUAGAUCAAAUUACAACAAAACCAAGCAAAGCUUGUUUUUCUUUGUUGAAUGAAAGUAAUGAUAAUUUAUGUUCACAGGACUUUGAUGUUCCUGGUUAUGAGGAGGUGAAAGAGAAUUAUUUUGGUACAAGGAGUGGUUUUGUUGAUGAAUUGUGUAAUAAACCAAGUCGAGUAAACAUCAGUAAAGACUAUCAGAAUUCUUACAGUGGUUUUCGGACAUCACAUCAGAUACUUGAAUAUCCUAAUGUGGAUAACACUGAGGAAGAUCAACUAGAAACCAAGUCAAGAUGGGAACAAUAUUUGCAACAUGAAGAAGGGAUGCUAGAAUUUGAUUCUGUCUUACAAAAACAAAGUAACAAAGUUUCAAAGCAUUUUGGAAUUGCUGCAAAAAGGACUAAUUCUAACUUCGAUGAUGUUCAGUAUUCCAGUGACAUACAUUAUCAAAACACGGAGGUUCCAAAAAGCCAGCUGACAGAGUCUUACUUUAUCAUUCAACAUACCCCCAGUCCAAUGAGCGAUAACUCUGGGCGACAGAGGACAGACUGUGUGUGUUCUAUUAAUUCUAGUCCAGUCAUGGAUCUGAACAAUUCUCCAUCAUCCAUGAUGCACCAGAGUCACUCGGGGACACAAUCUGACAGAUUUUUAUUUCAAGAUAAAAGAAGAGUUGUGCAAAAUAGGAAGUCUGUUCAAACACGGAUAUCUCCACCUGUUACAAACACUGAGAACAAAAAAUAUGAUGAACCUCUUAUGUUACAGAAAGAUCGGGAUGAAAACCACUCACUUAAAAAACUGGUAUAUUCAGAAAAAAAUGUAUCUCAGCAUUUAGUGAGUGUUGCUGCAGAUUGUGGUCACAGAAAGAGUCCGAUUCUGUUUGAUGAGUCGCAGUCUUGUACUAACCAAGAUUCGAAGAUCACAGUUCCCGUGUCCAGUACAUCACUGAGUUAUGGAAGACUGAGAGGAAAAUUCCAAAAUCCACUUCUUAGUUCAGUUUCCGCGAGCAGCGUUCUGCAGCAUAGUCAGCGCAACUUGUGUGGAGAUCUUCAGUUUCCCAGCAAGUCUGAAGUGGAAAAUGAAGUGACGCCUCUUCGCCAAGUGAUCAUCCCAGUCAGUUUUCCUAAUGUUAAUCUUUACAAGCAGACCUUGACAGCAGCACUUAAAGAGCACAUCAAUGUGAUGUUGUUUGAGUUGUCCAAGACAUUCCACUCUGCUCUGGAGAGAGCUGAUUUUACUGGUUACACUAGCUCGGGGUCAGAUCGCAGUAAGUGUCUGAGGGAGACCAGCCAGGCCAACUCAAAUCCUCGCUGUCAGUGUGGAGUGUCGGCCAAGAUGGUGCAGGUGAAGAAAGCCGGACCAAACAAAGGACGAUUCUUUUACACCUGCAGCGCACCCAAGAUUCAGCAGUGCAAGUUUUUCCAGUGGGCUGAUCAGGUGAGAAAGUCGGUAAGAGGGGGCCCUGCAUCCAGCGGUAUUCGACUCAAUGAUGCGGACAGCAUAACAACAUUUUUCCGAGGUCACAGCAUCAUGUUCUUCUGUGAAUGUCAGUUCGUUAGGAAGAUUCCAACACAUUACAGAAACAAAAGUUUAACCAAGGGAUUUCCUGCAUGGGCACGGCAGAAUGAGAUGACAGAGAAGAAAUUAAUGUACAUUCGACUUUCAAGAAAGGCAGCUUCUUCAAUGUUCUCAAAGGAUGACUUGUGGAUCAUGUCACAGAAUCUAAACUUCGAGACUGGCACAACAUUCCUAGCCAAGAGCAUGUACUUUGGUCCGAAUGCCGCCAACGAGUUGGAAAUAGACCCUGUCUCUGGAUUCUCACCAUCCAACUGGUCGAAUGAAUGUGUGUGUCAUGCGAUUCUGGCGGGAAACGCCACUACUGAGCUGAAUUGUAUGGCUAACAUACAGGACAACCUACAGCCAGCCUCUCUUCCCAUUCUCUCACACCUUCUGAACUUAGGGUCUGAAAAGAAUUACAAAAGCAAGGACUUCACAGUUCCAGUUCAGAAAGAUGUAUCCAAGAAGAAACUCCAGGUUCCAGGUCAUUUUGUCACGGAGAUAGCGGGUGACUAUAUGAACAAGUACAAACUGAACUCGGACCAGGCACAAGCUCUUAAGAAGAUAGCUGCCAUGAUUAAUGUGGACGAAACUCAAACGGAUUCCAUUGUUCUUGUGCAUGGUGUGUUCGGGGCUGGGAAAAGCUUUCUUCUCUCAAUUAUCAUCCGAUUUCUGGUCGACAUUUUCGAGAUGAAUGACUAUUAUGCCAGUGGUGAGCCAUUUCCAUGGAAACUACUCAUCUCCUCAACAACUAAUGUGGCUGUGGACAGAGUUUUAAUGGGACUUCUUGAUCUUGGAUUUGAAGAUUUUGUAAGAGUUGGCAGUUUGAAGAAGAUUGCUAAGCCCGUUCUUCCCUACAGUGUCCAUGCCUCUGGUACAGACAGCCAGGAGUUGAAGGACCUUCAGGAAAUGUUCCGCAGCGACCUGACGCCGUCUGAAAGACAAUAUGUGCGUAAAAGUAUUGAGAAACAUCGACUUGGAGAAAACAAAAAGCAACUGAGUCGUGUUCGUGUUGUGGGUGUGACUUGUGCAGCUGCUUGCUUUCGGUGUCUGGCUAACAUGACAUUUCCUUUUGUUGUGCUUGACGAGAGUAGUCAGAUGACUGAGCCGUCCUCACUUCUCCCCAUUGCCAGAUUCGGGUGUGAGAAACUUGUGCUGGUCGGCGAUCCAAAGCAACUGGACCCGACGAUCCAGGGAUCCGAGGCUGGUCACCAGGAAGGUUUGGAGCAGACUCUGUUUGACAGACUGAUGAAGCUGGGAUACUCCCCGAUCGUCCUGCAUACUCAGUACCGAUGUCAUCCACUAAUAAGUGCUAUUUCUAACCACUUGUUCUACAAUGGGGUGCUGCAGGACGGAGUUUCUCAACAAAGUCGUCAACCUCUUUCUGAAACAUUCCCCACGCUGUGUUUCUAUGACGUCGCUCAUGGGAAGGAAUGUGACGAUGGGUCAGGCAGCUACUAUAAUGAAGAGGAGGCGGGGCUUGUUGUACUCAUGGUUGACACUCUGAUUGCAGAGGGGGUGGAGCCUGCUAUGAUUGGCGUUAUCACACUGUACAAGGCACAAGUGUUCAAGGUUAUGGCGCUACUUCAUAGUAGCAGACUCUCAAAACACAAAGAGCUGAAAGUGAUUCAGGUUUCUACUGUGGAUGCAUUUCAAGGUGGGGAGAGAGAUAUCAUCAUCCUGUCGUGUGUCAGAUCAAACAGCUUGGGAUUUAUAGACAGUGACAAGAGGAUGAACGUUGCUCUAACCCGAGCCAGACAUCAUCUGUUGAUUGUGGGCAACUUGAAGAACCUGUCACGUAACAGUCUGUGGGCAAAGGUCUUGCAGCACUGUGAAGAGCAACCUAAUGGCAUACAAAAAGGUGACAGAGUGGAGAAACAACUUAAAAAUAUCAUCACUGACCUAAAGUCGAGUCCGGAGUCAAAUAGUGAACAUAAUAAUCACAAGACAAAACAAGAAAUGUCUAGGAAAACCACAAAAAGCAAAAGAAACAGUGAGAAUGAAAGUCCACCAAUGUCUCUGUCAGAUGAUGAUUUUGAAAACUCAACAGUACCCAUGGAAACUGAUGACUGCUACAAGUCUCCCAUUGUUUCGCUAACCACAAUGGACAGCCGAGCAGAAGAUGACAGCCAUGAAACAGUUGUACCAGUUAUUACCAAACCUUCGAGAAAACGCCUCCGACUGAGUAAUCUGUUAAAUCCAAUACCAGCAGAUACCAGUGACACAGACGACGACCUUCCACUGUUUCUUGAUGGAUGAGAACAAACGGAUGUAUUUGUCAAACAUCACACAUGGAUAUCUAUUUUUAUAAUUUCUGAUUGGCUUCUGCUUAGUGAUGAUCUGGAUGCCAAAGCCAUGUAACCAUGAUAUGGGUCGAAUGAAAUUAGCACUACCAAACCUGAUUUACUUUUAUAGAACAAGCACCUUAAGUAAUAAAUAAGUUAUAGUUUGAAAAGAUGGGUUUUUGAGGAUGUGUAAGAAAUAUGCUUUUGGGUUGGUUAAAUUGACAACUCUAGAGUGUUAGACUGUGUUAGCAUCAGAGUGUUUCAAUGAUGAAAGCUGUUGAUUCAAAGCAAGCAAAGAUGUUAAACAUAUUCCUCAAUAAUGUGAUUAAUUGGUAAUUAAAUUGGAACACUACUCUAAAACAGCUGGCACCAACUUAAAAUACAGUAUACGCAAAUAUUUUCGCGACUAAAAUAAUUCGCGAUCGGGCUUUCAUUUUACAUUUUCGCGAGGAAUUAUUUUUGUGACUGCCCCCGAUAAUAAAAUCAAAAUUACCCAUAUUACACGCAAAUAUCAUAAGAAAUAACUUUUCAUUAUUGGUGGUACCCACAAACUUCCAUUCAAGGUUACAAAGAAAACAAACAAAACUGAGAUUAUGUAACAACAGACUUGCACCCAAAUGUGUGUCAUUUCGAUCAAACCCAUGUGACCAGGCAGGUUUACAGAAUCACGUGACCUUGUGGACCUCUAACUGCUUGAUUCUGAUAUGGGUUGGGUGUGUAGAGAUAGUAAACAAUAUUAUACCAAAUCGGAAAUAAGUAUGUGCGUAAUUAAAUUCGCGGUUCUAUCAACAUGUUCGCAAUUGUAUAUUUUAUUCGUAAACAUAUUUGAGUAUACGGUAGCUAUAAAAAUCCACCGGCUGCCAGCUUAUUUUGACGAGCCUAUUGCUUAUCUACUCGUCCACCAAUCAAAUCAUGUAAAUAAAAAAGAUUUUGAGAUUGAAUCUCAAUCAAAAAACAGUAGGAUAAUGGCUCAGUGGUAGAGAACAUGUUUGAGAUGCAUUGUGUCAUGUGAUCGAUCCCCUGAGGGUGGACAUUUUUGGUGGGGGGUUUUCCAAUCGGCACCGUCUGACUGAUGUGACAGAUCAUGAAAUGGGUUAUAGUGUAAAGUAUCUAAAAGACAUAUUGCUGCUGAUCAACAGGAGUAGCCCAUGUGGCAGCAGCAGGUUUACAUUCACUAGACUAAAAGUUAAAGUUUGUUUUGUUUAACAACACUACUAAAGCACAUUGAUUUAUUAAUCAUUGACUAUUGGAUGUCAAA